AGCUGAGGGCCGGCCCAGCGGGGAAGGGCGACACGCGAGGCGCGGGGGUUCGCGCGGAGGCCUGGAGGGCGCGGCAGGGCAUGGUGGACCCCUGUGCUUGUGCAGAGGACAGGGGACCCCGGAGCAGCCGUGCCCGCGCGCUGCCCCCGUGGGGUGUGGUGACCUCAGCCUAGGGAAGUGGGCAGCCCAGAGCCUGCCCGUCUCCAUUAAGUGCCCUUAGGAUGCAGUGAUUGAGGAAUUAGCUUUCCCUCCGGGGGGUACUGCCUGCGCUUGUGAACUCGGUGCAGAGAAAAAGGACAGAACGAUGCUGUCCGAGCAAGCCCAAAAGUGGUUUCCAACGCACGUGCAGGUCACAGUGCUCCAAGCCAAAGAUCUGAAGCCAAAAGGCAAGAGUGGCACCAAUGACACAUACACUAUAAUUCAGCUGGGCAAAGAAAAGUACUCCACCUCUGUAGCUGAGAAAACCCUUGAGCCAGUCUGGAAGGAAGAGGCCUCUUUUGAGCUACCUGGAUUGCUAAUGCAGGGGAAUCCAGAGAAAUACAUUCUUUUCCUCAUAGUUAUGCACAGGUCCCUAGUGGGACUGGAUAAGUUUUUAGGGCAGGUGGCAAUCAAUCUCAAUGACAUCUUUGAGGACAAACAAAGAAGGAAAACAGAGUGGUUCCGAUUAGAAUCCAAACAAGGAAAAAGAGCCAAAAACAGGGGUGAGAUAAAGGUCAAUAUUCAAUUUAUGAGGAACAAUAUGACAGCAAGUAUGUUUGACUUAUCAAUGAAGGACAAAACAAGAUCUCCUUUUGCAAAAUUAAAAGAUAAGAUGAAAGGUAGAAAAAAUGAUGGGACAUUUUCUGACACGUCUUCUGCAAUUAUUCCAAGUACUCCCAUUCCUGAUACCAGUAUUGAAUUUUCAAGUGGUGAAAUCCAAAUGAAAUCCAAACCAAAAAAGCCUUUUCUUUUGGGUCCUCAGCGACUCUCUUCAGCACAUUCGAUGUCUGAUUUGACUGGGUCCCACGUGUCCUCUGAGAAACUGAAGUCUGGCACCAUAGGUCAAACGCAUCUGCUUGGACGCCAGACAGAUUCCUUUGGAGCAGUUACAGAAAGUGGAAGUCUCAAAUCUCCACACAGAAGAACAUUAAGCUUUGAUACUUCUAAAAUGAACCAACCUGACAGCAUUGUGGAUGAAGGUGAAUCGUCUUUCGGAAGACAAAGUGACCCAUUUACAAAUGUGACUGCUUCAUUACCCCAAAAAUUUGCAACACUGCCAAGGAAAAAAAAUCCAUUUGAAGAAAGCAGUGAAUCAUGGGACAACAGCAUGAAUUUAUUUUCAAAAUCAAUUGAAGUAAGAAAAGAAAAUAAAAGAGAGAAAAGGGAGAAAGUUAGCCUGUUUGAAAGAGUGACUGGAAAGAAAGAUAGCAGGAGAUCUGAUAAACUUAACAAUGGGGGAUCUGAUAGCCCUUGUGACUUGAAAUCACCUAAUGCAUUUAGUGAAAAUCGUCAGGAUUAUUUUGAUUAUGAGUCAACUAAUCCGUUUACAGCAAAAUUCAGGGCUUCAAAUAUAAUGCCAUCUUCAAGUUUUCAUAUGAACCCGACAAGCAAUGAAGACCUCAGGAAAAUCCCGGACAGCAACCCUUUUGAUGCCACUGCAGGGUAUCGUAGUCUUACCUAUGAAGAGGUCCUACAGGAGCUGGUGAAACACAAAGAACUCCUUAGGAGGAAAGACACGCACAUCCGGGAGCUCGAGGACUACAUCGACAACCUCCUCGUGAGGGUAAUGGAAGAAACGCCCAGUAUUCUCAGAGUGCCGUAUGAACCCUCUAGGAAAGCUGGCAAAUUCUCCAAUAGUUAGUGAAGCCAAUUGUACUGCAUUUAUAAUUGGAAAAAGAGAGAAAGAAAGAAAGAAAAAGGAAAAACUUGUUACUGACAGGUUACACUAUCAGGUUUCAUUAUGUACUCUCCUUCAUUGUGAAAAAUUGUUUUACCCAUAAAUAUUAGCAGGGACUAUCAAGAGUGACCUUUGAAGUGAGCUAAG